GAAGCAAUCUGAUGCUGUUUAUCUCCAAGAUCAGGGGAGAUAAUACUCACCGGCAAUCAGUUGGUUUAUAAAGAUGUCACAAAAGCAGAAGGUCUAUAAAGAGGACUCCACAGCCUAUUAUCCGAUCCAGAGAUUGUAAGAUCAGAGGCUGUAGACAGCUGCCACAUAGAAAGUGUGAGAAGAGGUGGCAGUGCCAUUCCUGGCACUGUGAAAACUCCAGGAGAAAGUGCAGAGAGUGGAAAAGCCAAAACAGAUGUUCCGUUUAAACUGGCUAUAUGUGUGCACACAAUGACCGUGAGCUAAAGGCUACAGAAAAAGAAAUACUCUGCUAACACAGAGAUACACCACUACUCUGGAGACUGUCUUAAUCAAAAACAAGUAGUCUUUUAUACAAGAAGAGACAGCAAAAUGACGUCUGUAGGCCUUCAGAUGAUGGGUUACUUCAUGGGCAUCCUGGGACUAGUUGGCUCUGUUGUUGCCACACUUAUGCCCAACUGGAAGGUAAGCUCAUAUGUUGGUGCCAGCAUUGUAACAGCUGUGGGCUUCUCCAAAGGGCUGUGGAUGGAGUGUGCUUCCUAUAGCACAGGCAUCACACAAUGUGACAUUUACAACUCCAUGCUGGGGUUACCAUCUGAUACCCAAGCUGCUCAAGCUCUCAUGAUCACAUCUUGUGUACUGUCUUCACUAGCCGGCCUCUUCUCAAUCUUUGGUAUGAAAUGCACCAUCUUCUCUCAGGACUCCCCUGGGAAGGCUAAAAUAGCCAUUGUUGGAGGGGUUUUAUUUAUCCUAGGAGGUGUCCUAUGCUUGGUGCCAAUUUGCUGGAACCUGCAUUCUAUUCUAAGAGACUUCUACAACCCUAUUAUUGCUGAUUCAAUGAGGUAUGAAAUUGGACCUGCUCUCUAUCUGGGCAUUAUGUCAUCAAUUGUCUCAGUACUUGGAGGCUCCAUUCUCUGUGCUUCAUGCCCACCCAGAGAAGAGGGUCAUGAGUUCUACAGCAGGUACCAGAGGAAACCUCUAGUAGCCAACAAGGGAGCAAAUGCUACUGUCUUAACAGAAACCUCUAAGCGUGAACAAAGUGGGUACAAUCUCACAGGUUAUGUAUAGGAGGUUAGUAAAAUAAAAAGGAAUUGUCCUUGCUCACACCGGCAUCUUCUUUCCAGGAACAUGUAUGCAAUGUGAACAGUGCAAGAACUUAAAUUAUACUUAAACUAAACUACACUGGACUACUGUGUGUUGAAGAAACAUUUGUUCAGAGAAACAUUUGUGAAGAAUGCACUGAUAAUGCAAAGGCAAUACAAGUACAGGCUCUGAGGCUGAAGGCAGGGGGCGGUCGGUGGUUGAAAUGAAAUUUUACCUGACUGACAGUUAUCAGGGAUUUAAGUAAUUUAUACUUAAGGUGGCCAUAGACCAGCAGAUCCGCUCGCUUGGCCAAGCGAGCGGAUCUUCCCCCGAUAUCCCCACCUACGGGUGGGCGAUAU